AUGGGCCAAGGAAAGUUACCUGCUCGGAUCACGGUGCCCCUCUCCGUCCUCAACCAGCCACUGAAGAACAAGAGCGUUGUGACGACACCGAUUAAAGGAAGUCUUAACACAAAUCUUAGCAGUCUGGGCAGGAACAUCAUCUUGACCACCAUGCCUGCUGGCACGAAGCUGAUUGCGGGGAACAAACCGGUCAGUUUUGUCACGGCCCAACAGUUCCAGCAGCUUCAGCAGCAGGGACAAGCCACACAGGUUCGGAUCCAAACGGUUCAGACGCAGCAGCUCCAGCAGCACGUGGCGACAGGCUCCCCAAAGUCUGUUUCAGCGGUGGUCGUCACAACGGCUCCCUCCCAAAAAAAUGCCCCUGAUCCUCCACCUGCGCAUCAGCAGUGAGCUUGUCUGUAUCGUCGCUCCAAUCUGGCUUUGCUCAGAACUCCCCGUUUUUGUUGCAACCUUAAAUAUGUUUGCAGUUUCAUGCAGAAUUAAAAAAAAUCCAAGGAAAAGAUGACUAAAAUGGUCAUUUCCUUCAGAAUCUCAAGUGUUUACUGGUUGUUUCGUUAAUAUUUAAAUGUCAGAAUUGGUCAUUUUUAUUAAACCAUUAAUACAACCUUCA